AUGGGCGACAACGCGGACGACGAAAUCGCAGGCAUGCUCCUCCAUGGAGGAGCAGCGUCUUUGCCGUUUUCUGCCGAAGUGUUGGAUGGGCUUGCACAUUAUCGUGAUACGAGCUCCAGAAGCCGCAGCAGCUCGGCGGACGCCGCCGCGGGAAGUAGAUUGCCAGUCGUCGCAACGAGAGGAGCUCAAAAUCAAACCGGCCGAUCAUUCCACGGACACUUCGGACCCGCGACGGCUGUGGAAGCGGCAGACUACCUCGACCGUGAUGCGCAGGACCACGAGCAAUUCCCGAUCGUUCCAUACCAACACGGGCAACAACAGCAGCAGCUUGCGCUGGCUCCCGUAAGUGCAACAGCCAGCCAAUCUUCUACCGACGCGUGGCUUCGCCGUGUUCCCGUCGCCCCCUGGGACCCGACCAGCCCAAUUCCCGCGAUCGAGCAGCUCCGUGAGAUGCAACAGGGGUUAAGACAACUCCCAAAUGUCCACUCCGAGGAAUUCGUCGAGCGGUUUUUCACCCAACUUGCGGAAGAAGGUAGACUUUCCGACGAGUUGUUGAUCAACCUCGAGGCGUUCCGCCGCGCCAUGCGUUUAACGGCGGUCGUGGUGCAGGAGCAGGGCAGACAGUUGUUAGAAGCGGGCGCGAACGUGGAACAGGCGCGAGCACACAUCGAGGCGGGCGUGGAGAUUUUAGAGCGGAUUGACCAAAUGGAUCAAGGCGUCCAUAACUUCACGCAGGGAGUUACCAGUGGCGCUCUAGCGGUGAACGAUGAUAGCCUGUGGGACAUGCUGCCGGAGAGCGUGAAGUUCGGUUGCAAGGUGGUCGGCGGCAGUGUUGUCGUCGUCGCGGUCAUCAUUUUUGCGGACAAAGUGGUCCCUUUUAUCCUCUGGACGGGACACGGAGGGGCCGCGGCCGUUGGCGCGGUUGGGGCGAUUUUUGUGAAGGUGAAGACGCUUCUUGGGUCGUGGCUAGCGUGGAUCAGUGGGCACAACUGGCUGGCGGUAUUUUUGAGUUGUGGUUUAUUGGGUGGUUAUACUUGAGUGGCGUGUCCCUGUCGUGCUAGUUCCAUGUACGUGUAGCUUCAUGUGCGAUAGUUAAAAGAUUUGCCUCCCGGUGCCUUUCGCAUAACAAACAGAAUUCCCGUACAACCAGCUGCGUUUAGAUCAUAAAACUUUUGUACAAUAUUUUUCGAACAAUGAAUCCCAGGUCGCUUCCGCCGAUCCUGUGAUCAGGACCGCCUCCGUCGGGAGUAUGAGCGGUGCCAUGAUAGGCUUUGGCGCCGGAACACUCGCGCUUUCGUCCGAGCAAGAGAGGGAUAAUAACCGAGCGUUGCUGGGGAGAGGACGCGGCUCCCCAUCUGCUUCGAAGAAUGGCGGAGAAUCUACUCCCAGUGCCGCCGUCGGGUAUGAUUCCGGCGCUGCGUCCUCCUCCUCCACCUCACAGGAGCUGCCACGUAGUAGUAUCCAGAUCGCAUACGCUACGAACGAGUACGAGUUAGAACUGAUGCAACGGCUCGCACACGGUGGUUCGCUGAAGCCCGCGGACCUUGACGCAGACGGCAGUCUCCGGGGUAGGCAGCUGCAUCAGCAAUGGCUGCUCGACCAGCUCCCGAGGUACACGAUCACGGCGGCCGGGGGGGUUGUUGGGGUUGGAAAUAUUAACCCCGCUACGACCGGCGAUGAAGACGAAAUUCCUAUAGAGUACACUACCGGUUCAACACCAGCAAGUGGGAGUGGUGCUGCUACCACGGAAGAUCCACCGAGCGCAGCCGAAGACAUUGACAUGUAUCAUCUCGGCACAAUGUUCCACUAGUACUAAAGAAUGUGAACUGUGACUCUAUCGAUUAAAUUUAGCGUGAUUGUGACAAAGGGUAAGACCAAAUAUAGAGUCUGUGAUGUGGUAAGUGUGAUGAAAGAACCCGAACACCUGGUCACACCUUGUCUAGAAAUUCGAGGUCUGCACAAGCACGACCAUCCGCCACCAGGUUUGGAAUAAAGCAUAUAGCAUUGCCAUACUUCUAUUCUGUUGAACGACGAAUGGUUUAUUUGUAGGGGAGAAAGUUGUAAAUGGAUUGGAAUUUUUACGCAUUUGGCUUCGCAUCACGUUGCACAGCACUGUCAGAGAGAUUUCGUUUCGAAGCUCAAGAUAGAUAGAACCUACACCAUCCGUGCCAGAGAGACAACUAUAGAUCAUUUUGUAGAAGUUGUAGCCUAUCCUACGCAGUAAAGAGACGCGUCAACUUCUAGAGCUAUGUCGAGAUAUUAACUCGAUGACGUGCGUCCUAUUGCUAUUGCACUGCCGUUUUAUUAUUUUGAUGACUUGAUAGCGAGACUAGCGAGCAAUCUAUUUCCGAUGGAACGAUCUUGUGAAGCACUUGAAAAGAUCUUUGUUAAAGACCAAUUUGUUGUGUACAUGUACAAUAUUUCUUGAAAUUUUCCUGCGUUUUCUGGAUCGAUGGAGAGCCCUGGUUCGGACCGCAGGCACGGGCUUGUCAACCUUGUGACGAGAGUGUGCUGAGUGAAAAAAGAACAGCUGAUUGGCUCAUGGAAAAGUUUUGGAAGACAGCAGCACGGCGUACGACUCAUAAAAAGACAUACAGCACAGUUUUCCACAAAAGAAGAAUGUUUGCCGGUACAAAAGACAAG